GUAAACAAAAAGAAUCAGGUACCAUAGCGUAUAAUAACUUUUUUCUUCGGGAUAAUUCGAAUCGUGUCCAUAUGGCAGAUCAACAGGGCAAUCCGGUGAAUGUUAUCCAAGUGGGACCAUUUAAUCCGCAGAGGAAACACAGUGAGCACGAAAGAUGGAUCCAUGUGUUCCCAAUCUACUUGAACAAGAACAAGACUGUCGCUGAAGGCAGGAGGGUCCCGAAAGAAGUGGCUGUCGAAGAUCCGAUCACACGGGAGAUCGUGAUCGCCUUGCAACAGAAAGGUUUCGAUCUCUUCGUCGAAGGCUAUAAAGUACACCCUCGGGAAGUCGAUAAAGAAAAUGUUCUCAUGAGAUCCCGAGUCCGGGUUCACUUCAAAGACGAUAAUGGGAAACCAAUCAAUUCAGAGUUCCCGAAUAAACGGAAACUCUUCAAGAUGAUCUGCGAAUUCAUCAGUGGACUGGAUUAUCGACAAGACCCCGAAACUUUCAAGCAACACAAGCGGGCUCUCCAGGCUCAAGUCGCUCCGCAGGUCCUACAGCAACAGAAAUUCCUCGAGCGUCUAGAGAAAUCGCAGGUUCAGGGUCCUGGCACCAGCGCGGCUUCAACAAAAACAACGAACGCAAAUAAGAAGAAAGGCAAAAAAGGGAGGAAAUAAAUCGAUAGCU